GGAAGAAGGAGGUUCUGAUGUUAGAGAAAGAUUAGAUUUUUUUUUUUCCGAUCUUCUUCAGUCUCCUGGAAUCGUGAUUUCUCUUCUGGAUCCAAGCUGAUGAGCUCUACGUCUUCCUCCCAGAUGGGUCAGCUCGUAGCUGACAAGCAUGUACGUUACAUUCUGAUGGCAGAAAAGAAGAAAGAGAGUUUUGAGUCUGUGGUGAUGGAUCAUCUAAGAAUGAAUGGUGCAUACUGGGGACUCACCACUCUCGACUUACUCGACAAGCUAGGCUGUGUUUCUGAAGAUGAAGUGGUUUCAUGGCUCAUGACUUGCCAGCAUGAAUCUGGUGGCUUUGCCGGUAAUACUGGACACGAUCCACAUAUUCUAUAUACACUCAGUGCUGUACAAAUCUUGGCCCUCUUUGACAAAAUUAACAUUCUUGACAUUGGGAAAGUAUCAAGUUAUGUUGCUAAGUUGCAGAAUGAAGAUGGAUCCUUCUCAGGAGAUAUGUGGGGAGAAAUAGAUACGAGGUUUUCGUACAUAGCUAUAUGCUGUCUCUCAAUAUUGAAAUGUCUUGACAAAAUCAAUGUGAAGAAGGCCGUUAGGUACAUUGUGAGCUGCAAAAACCUGGAUGGUGGUUUUGGGUGCACACCUGGAGCAGAGUCCCAUGCAGGGCAGAUUUUCUGCUGCGUGGGUGCUCUUGCUAUCACUGGGAGUCUCCAUCAUGUUGAUAAGGACUUACUUGGUUGGUGGUUAUGUGAAAGACAAUUAAAGGGUGGGGGCUUAAAUGGACGACCUGAGAAACUCCCUGAUGUUUGCUAUUCUUGGUGGGUCCUAUCGAGCCUAAUCAUGAUAGAUAGAGUUCACUGGAUCGACAAAGCGAAGCUUGUCAAGUUCAUUUUGGACUGUCAGGAUUUGGAAAACGGAGGCAUCUCAGACCGACCAGAUGAUGCUGUUGAUAUCUUCCACACCUACUUUGGAGUUGCGGGGCUUUCCCUCCUUGAGUAUCCUGGAGUCAAAGUAAUUGAUCCAGCCUAUGCUUUGCCUGUUGAUGUCGUCAACCGGAUUAUCUUACGAGCCGACUCAUCAAUGGAGGCGCUAGCGGGAAUUGAAGCAGACAUCGAAUCGUAUUUCGGAGAGCAGGAUCAACAGAAAUCGUCAUCGGACGGCUGCAAACAGGUCCCGUGGCUGAGCUGGGAAGAGUGGGACUCAGUGAGAGAGUCUCUCUUCUCUUCUUCUCCUCAUAGAAUCUCUUCUGCAUUGGAAAGGGUUGCAACAUGGCGAAGUAGAGGAUCUCUUCCAGCGCCUGUGGAUGUUACUUGUUCCCUUAUUGAAAUUCAACUCAAAGAUGGCUUUAUUCCGAGAGAGGAACAAUCAGCAGAUGCAUUAUAUUCUGAGCAUUUACUGCAGAUGCUAUAUUGUAUGGGAAUACUCAGGCUUGUGAACUGUGUCAUAGAAAAGACAAGGAGGAGAGAAGAUGUUUCAAUUGCGGAUGCAGCUAGAGCAAUCGGUAUUCCACGUAAAUUAAUCGAUCUUCGUCAUGAGGGUUCUCACCGUGAGCUCCCUGCACUCUCGGUGCUUCGGGAUGCUGCAGAUGAGGCACUUGAAUGGUUGAAAUCUUAUUAUUGGGAGCCACAGAAGUAUCAAAUUCCCUUAAAGAGAGAUGGAACGGCUAGCAUCAGAAGAGAAGUCAAAUCCAAACUCAGGAAACUUGCUUUCUCCUUGCAGCUUAAGCAUAAUCCUCAGUUUGACUCCCCUUUGGUCAAAGAAAAAUGUUCUAAUAAAAGGAUAAGGAAGAUUGUAAGCAGCCUUCUUGAGUUAUACCCUUCUUUCUCCGCAGAAAUUUCAUCUGUGCUCCUUGAAUUCUUACUCAAGGCCUUGGAUUCUUCAAAGUCGACAGAUCUUCAGAAUAAGCCUGGGAAAGAUUUCAGAGUCUUCCUAGAAGAAUGGAAACCUGUAAUCAUGGAGCUCUCAAAUAGAGAACCCGAGUUGCUUUUGACUCUACUCAAGGAAGUUCUUGAUAUGAUCCAAAAUAAUGAACGGAGAAGAUAUGAAACCGAAAAGCCAGCGGAAGAGGUUUCUCAAGUUGAGCAGGUCCCUCUCUUGUUUGCAUGGCUUGUGAGUCUUCUCAAUGAGUCAAAGCAUUUUCAAAGAAACAGUUCUGUAGAAGUGAAACCUCCAAGCAUUUUCCUUAUGGAACUUAUACGUAGAUGUCUUCUCUUGGGAGCCUUAGGAUACGAGCUGGUUCUGAAAUCAGCAUUCCUACUCGCAGAGAUUGUGGGAGGCCGUGUUUUAAAGGAGAAGCUCAUAAAACUCCCUCUCAUGCAUAAAGGCUCUGCAAUUGUUCCAUUGGAACAGAGUUCUACUCUUGUAACAGCUCCUACAACGCUCCUUGAACAAGAGAAGAAUCUCCGUAAUGCAGGCAAGAGACUUGAGUUCGUCAAACUUCAACUCUCAAAGAAAAAAGGUAUUGACACAGACAAAACCGGUAACAGAUGGAGAAAAGCAAAAACAUGGAGCCCUUGCCCAAUUGGCAUGUUGCCUCGGAUCAUUGGAUCUUCUGGACGUUUACCUCUUCUUGACUAUCACAAUGCUCAGAGCAUCUCAAAACAAGCACAAGGUAACAACAAUGCCAAGAGAGGAGCUGAGUGUAAUAAAAAACAAUUGGAGAAAUCGCCAUGCAAACGAGCAAGGAAGAGUGCAGAAGAUUCUGAAUCAAAUGAUGUGACAUCGGAAGCAUAUGAAGAAGCUGAGAUGGAAAUAGAACAUGCAUAUGAGGAAACUGAAACUGUAGCAGAAGAGAAUCUGAUGUGGAAUGAUAAAGAGGAAAGCAGAAGCUGUCUUAUGAUAGAUGGUGAAUGGAAAAGAGUCAAUGAAGGAGAACUAUCGGGUAUGGCUUCAAAAAUUACAAUUUGUGUUUGAGAUUUCUGCAGAUGUAACCAUAUAAAUCCGUCCUUUUUUU